AGAUAUUUCCAAUUUCGUGCCAAGCAUCGCAACGCAUUGAACUUCACGAAUACCCCAGCAAACGGCAUCGCCCGCACUCACUCGGUCAGCGCCAAUUAAGUAGUUGAGGAGUUGCUUCCUACCUAGUGACUUGUCCGAGGAAAGAUCAGCCAGGUCAUAGACUUCCACAACCAUGUCUCAAGUAGUAGGCAAGACACGCCUCGCUUAUGCCCGCUCAUGGCACCAUAUCGACAUCGGCUCCGACCCGCGUGCCCUCGGGCGCGUCGCCUCCUCCAUCGCCUUGACAUUGAUGGGCAAGCACAAGCCGAUCUUCGACCCGUCAACCGACUGCGGUGACUAUGUAGUGGCCACUGACUGUGCCAACCUCCACACCACCGGCAAAAAGCGCUUCCAGAAACUCUACCGCACACACACAUCACGCCCCGGCUCGCUGAAGGAGAUCAAUAUGGACCGCAUGAUGGCGAAGUGGGGAGGUGGAGAGGUCUUGAGGAAGGCAGUCAGUGGUAUGCUGCCCAAGAACAGGCUGAGGAAGGAGAGGCUGGCCAGGUUGAAGACAUUUGAGGGGACCGCGCAUCCGUACAAGCAGAAUCUGUUGAAGAUUAGCAAUGGUGGAGGGCAGAGUAUUGCGGAGCUUCCGGCGAUUAAAAAGGCUUUUGAGGGGACAAAGGAGGCGGCGCAGGCAUCAGCGUCGUAGUGGCGGCAGAAGAGAAUUGUAAGAUGAUGGUAGCGGCUGGUCUGUAAGAUCUGUGUAUACUGGGAACAGCAUCUCAUGGACAUGGCGUUCAGUGCUGUGUUGAAAUUUAUUGUAGCAUAUACCAAGACGCAUUUUCCAACAACAUGCUGGCGCAUAGGCCACAACGUUAGCCUUCGGAAUACAUGUGAUUCUUAAACUCG